GGAUAUAUAAGAUGUAGGAUGCUCCCCAUUUCAAGAAUCAAGCGACAGCCUUUUCUCUGGCCGGUGAAUGCUGAACCAGCUCCCUGGAUUUGUAUGAUCCCAGAAACACCUGGUGUCCUUCGGAUAGGUGCGGUGCCCCCUCCGUUUAUUGUAUCCUGCCCUCACCCAUCUCCUUUGCUACAGGGGGUACCUGCCUGGCAAGCUCCUUGCGACCCUUUCCUACCUUUGAUGUCAUUGCCCACUGCACCAGAGCCUGCUGUUCACCAGUUUCCUUUGGCAAAUGGGCAGUGGGUCGGAGGUCAUUCCCCUGCAUUUGGAUUUUCACCUUCUUCAAGUGUAGAAAUUAUUCCUCUUUUUCCACAUGUUUACACGUCCGCCAUCCCUCAACAUGCCGGAAAACGAUGGGGUGAAAAGAAAACUCCUAAUUGCAAGAUCUUUCUUAACAACUCUCUUGCUCUGGAGUCUUCCUGGAUGCACCCAGCUGAGGAACUGAUAUUAUUUCAUGCACUUGAGAAGCCGAGUCGCAGGACAAAUCAAGUAACCAUGGCUAUAUCUAGACCAUCUACUGCCUCCAGGCCAUUGCACACAGUCAUAUUAACUCCACAGCGCGUAACAGGUCUUUUCCAGAAUGGAAUUAAGCCAGCCUGUGACAACCAGUCUAUUGCCAUUGUUGGCGCCAUGACCAUGCCUCCUACAGCGCUGAUGGGGAUUGAAUCAGAGUCUUCACAAGGGAUGUCUACAGCUUUAGCACCACCCCAUCAUAUGUUGACAAUAUCUCCAAUCAAAAUGCCACUUUUAGCCUCAGAAAUCGCAGGUCACCCUUCGAGAAUUGAAGCCCAUGUCAGUCCUCUGCUGCCAGCUCAGCUUGCCAGAAUAACUGCAUCCCCUGCGGUCACCUUUAUGACAGCUUUGGCUGAUCAUGCAUCAAAAGAUAAAAGUAAAGAAGCAAACAGGGCAACUUGUUCAACCGCAUUCAUUUUACAUUCAGAGAGAAAAAAUAACGCUGCCAAGACAGAUGAAAAGAAUAAUGUUUUGAAGAUGUCAAGUGAAGAGGACUGCGUGGCCAAAAUCAACAAGCCUGUGGCGUCAACACCAGUGCCCGGAUCACCAUGGUGUGUGGUAUGGACUGGAGAUGACAAAGUAUUCUUCUUCAACCCUACAAUACAACUAUCAGUUUGGGACAAGCCAAUAGACUUAAAGAAUCGAGUGGAUAUAAACAGAAUCAUUGAGGACCCCCCACAUAAACGCAAACUGGAAUCUCCCACAACUGGCAAGAAAGAUGGACUGGUCCCAGAAGAUGCUAAUGAUGAACACAACUCCAAAAUUAAGAGAAAUAAGACAGAAGAUUCGCAUGCCAUUGAUCAAGUUGAAGAGGAAGAUGAAAAAUCAUCAUCCAUAAAAUCAGUGCCCCCUUUGGAGGAUCGGAUGAUAUGCUUUAGGAACAUGCUUCUUGAGAGAGGGGUGUCUGCAUUCUCCACAUGGGAAAAAGAGCUGCAUAAAAUCGUGUUUGAUCCUCGAUAUCUCUUAUUAAACUCAGAAGAACGAAAACAGGUGUUUGAACAAUUUAUAAAGACUCGAAUUAAGGAAGAAUAUAAAGAAAAGAGGAGUAAAUUAAUGCUUGCCAAAGAAGAAUUUAAAAAGCUACUAGAAGAAUCCAAAUUGUCUCCAAGGACUACCUUUAAGGAAUUUGCAGAGAAAUAUGGAAGAGACCAACGUUUCCGUGUUGUUCAGAAAAAGAAAGACCAAGAACAUUUUUUCAACCAGUUCAUAAAUUCACUUAAAAAACGAGACAAAGAAAACAGAAUGAGAUUACGGAAAAUGAGAUAA